AUGGACAGUCCGAAACCUAAGAAGCGCAAGACUGACAAAAGGGAAAGUCCGCGCAAGAUCUGCUGGUUGGAGGAAACCCCUACGGAUAUUAUGCUACAUAUUUUCUCCCAUGUCGAGCCUAUCGAUCUCCUCAACCUAUCUUCCACGAACAAGAACAUGCGUGCUUCCCUUCGAGCGCCUGAAGCGAAGCAUAUGUGGGUACAAGCAAGGGCGAACGUACCUGAUCUGCCUGAUCUGCCACCUGACAUGACAGAAUGGGUUUAUGCUGCACUCGUGUUCCAAAAAAGAUGUCAGAGGUGUGGCAGAAAGUCUGAUCUGCGUGUCGAAACUGCGCACAUUCGCAUUCGCCUAUGUGUCCUCUGCACCAAAGACUGUGUCAUAUGCGGAAGAGUCGCCAGCAACCUUCUCCAGGUUGGACCGAGCUUACUGUCUCUUGUCCCUGGCUAUGCGCCUGGUGGAAAAAAUAAUGUCACACAUGCCCGCUACCUGCGCCGCUCAGUAAUGGAGCUCUACAAUGAGAGGCUGGCCAUCCAACCUCCUGCAGAACUAGCAUCCUUUGAUAAAGAAAGGCAUCAAUAUGUACAAAGGCUCGACAAGGGUGCCGAUGAGAUAAAACAGUUUCUAGAUGGUUCACGCCGCAGGCAUCAGUUGUCUUUACAACGGGAGAACGAUGCAAAACGUCAUGAGUUUGUCUGGCGUCUAAGAAAGCUCGGCUAUGACUCUAUAGACAUUGAUAAGGUUGAUAUUGAGUACUAUGUCCUCGUCAACUGGGGGCGGUCUUUGAGAUUCUGCUGUGAGUAA